UAUAUAGAUGCGCGAAAUAGUGCAAAUGAUUCAAAUGCAUCUUUCGAACCGCUUCGGUAACUCCGCCAUCUACAAUGGCCGAUGUUCGAAGCCUUCGAUAUUUCGGUUGUAAUUAUUUUAAUUUAUUGCCAAAAAUGUAAUAUUCGUCGUUUGAAUUAAUUAUAUUUUUACAAACGGAAUGAUAUCUAUUUUAGUCGCGUUAAAUUAUUUUCAUCCACAGAACGUGCUUUUAUCGAGUAAGAACUCGGUGAUAUAGAAACGAAGAUGUCUUCUAAGAGCGAAUUAAAAAAGUUGUCCGAAGAAAGCUUAACGAGACAACCUGAGGAAGUAUUUGAUAUUAUAUGCAAACUAGGAGAAGGAUCUUAUGGAUCCGUUUACAAGGCACUGCAUAAAGAGAGUGGACAAGUGCUUGCUAUUAAACAAGUACCUGUGGAUACGGAUUUACAGGAGAUCAUCAAGGAAAUUUCAAUUAUGCAACAAUGUGACUCCCCAUACGUUGUUAAAUAUUAUGGAAGUUAUUUUAAAAAUACAGACUUAUGGAUCGUGAUGGAGUAUUGUGGUGCUGGAUCUGUUAGCGAUAUUAUGAGAUUAAGGAAAAAGACGCUGCAAGAAGAUGAAAUCGCUACGAUUCUCAGUGAUACCUUAAAGGGAUUAGAAUACUUGCAUUUAAGAAGAAAAAUACACAGGGACAUUAAAGCUGGAAAUAUUUUACUAAAUAACGAAGGACACGCUAAAUUAGCCGAUUUUGGUGUAGCGGGUCAAUUGACUGAUACAAUGGCUAAACGUAAUACAGUAAUUGGAACGCCAUUUUGGAUGGCACCCGAAGUAAUACAAGAGAUAGGAUAUGACUGCGUCGCGGAUAUAUGGUCGCUCGGUAUAACGGCUUUAGAAAUGGCCGAAGGAAAACCUCCUUACGGGGAUAUUCAUCCGAUGAGAGCUAUAUUUAUGAUUCCAACUAAACCUCCACCUAGCUUUAGAGAACCGGACCAAUGGAGUCCAGAAUUUAUUGACUUUGUCAGCGGGUGCCUUGUUAAAAAUCCAGAAGAGAGAGCUACGGCGACUGAAUUACUCAAUCACGAAUUUAUCGGCAAUGCGAAACAACCAAGUAUUCUUAGUCAAAUGAUCGCUGAAGCGCAUGAAAUACGAGAGAAGCAAAGUGCGCAUCGUGCACAUGUUAUCAACAACGUCGCGAUCAAAAAUCAAAAUCAAGCGGAUGAUUCGGACGAAGAAGACUGUAGUGGUACUAUGAAACCUUUGCCAGAGGACACAGGAACGCUCGUUCCCAGUCAUGAUUUACCAGACACUGGAACGCUUGUAUCUGCAGUAUUAGAUCUUGGUACAAUGGUCAUUAACAGCGAUACCGAUACUGAAGCAACUAUGAAAAGGCAUAAUACUGGAUCAGUCGAAUCUGGGAAGAAAUAUCGACCUUUGUUUCUAGAUCAUUUUGAUAAAAAGGAAGCACCUGAGAUAGGAAAAGGCAAUGGGCAAAUAUCAGGAGCGCAUAAUGUAGAGAUCGCUAAUAAAAUUGAAGUUCAAGGUGCUACAGAAUCUCAAAGGUUUCAAAGUCAUUUACAAUUACAACUCAAUCAAAUAUCGCAUCCGGUGCAAGAACAACCGCCUAAUAACGUAGGCAAGUUUCAAAACGUAUUUACGGAACGUGAUUUUGACUUUUUAAAGUUUCUAUCUUACGAAGAAUUGCAACAGCGAAUGGCUAAUCUGGACGCGGAAAUGGAACGCGAAAUUGAUGAAUUAAGAAGAAGAUAUCAAACGAAGAGGCAACCAAUUUUAGAUGCCAUGGAUACUAAACGAAAGAGACAACAGAACUUCUAACAGUUUGACUUCUUUUUUUAAACAAACGAGUGUGAUGAUAGAUAAAGAGUGUACAGUUGUAUAAACAAAUAGAUUUUAUCUACUUUAUCCCUAGUUUCGUCAAAGAAAAGGGCAUUUAUUUUAUGUACAUUUAUCUAGCAAGAGAUAUAAUCAUUUUAAAAUAACUUCCCUCUUCAAAUAAAUGCCGCUUGUCUUUGGGAAACUAGGGUAUAUAGGUAAUACUAGCCAAUAGCCUCACGUCACCAAUGUAAAUUAUUUUACAUGAUUUAGGUGAAGAAACAAUAACUCUACUUAACUCUUCCUUCAUUUUUUUCGUGUUUUUCUUUCUUUUCUAUUAAAUUUACACAUAUUUACUGUUAAAUAUACUGUUCUUACAGAAAGUAUAUGUCCCUUUUUAGGGUUGAUUAGGAAAUGCAAGAAGGUGUGCAAUGCAUGUGCAACGGUAAAGCAUAAAGUUUACAAUUGUUGGCUUGUUUGGAAAUGAAAUUUGACGAUAUAAUCUUGCGUCUACUAGUCACGUUCAAUGCCAUUUAUUUUAACAAGAAUAUUUGUAAUAAGAUCAUUAUUAGAGCUUGGAUAUUGGCUUUCUAAAGCUAUCCCCUUACUUGUUGCUUGCGCUAAUAAACCUCAUUGUCGUUCGAGGUGCAGUGAAAAAUUUAAGGUCAUAUCUAACGCGAUAAUAUGGCCAGUGACCUGAAGUUUUAGAAAGAGAUACCACUACAAGCCCUGAACAUCAUUCACAUGAUACAUACAUACAUAUAUAUAAAUUUCGUUUUAGGCAUUUAAGUAUUUUCAUUUUAUCAAACGCGAAUUAUACUUUAUUGCUAAUUCUACUGCCAUACAUAGUAUAUAAUUUCAAUUACGCGUGAUGUCAAUAUUAGCUUACAUCAAUUUAAUCUCACCUUGAGAGACUUUCUUUCUUAAGCACGAAACACCAUGUAUUUUAAACAUAUAAGUUUUUGCAUUCUCAUACAUGGUAAGAUUUUACGUAGGUCUACGUAAUAUCAUGGUGGGUGAGACGGUACAUUGCAAAAAAAUAUUUCGUGAAAGAACUUACUAGGAUUAGUCUUCCCUAUUAGAGAAUAGUCUUAUAUUUCUCUACUUCGCAAUACUAGGGUAUUGAAAUUAUUGAAAUUGCGAAGUUGUACGACUACUAGUAACGAUUAUGAUAUCAUGACAUUAAUAAUCAUCGAUUAAUUCAACAAAACAAUAUUUAUAUACAAUUCCCAAGUGUGGCAAGUUGUCAUAAUGGUGAUUCGUACUUGACUCAUUGCCUAAAAUUGUAGAGAAUGACUACAUACAGAGUAAUUCUUUGCUGACGUUGGGCUAUUUCGUACAUAUAUAAUAAAGGUAGAUCGAUGACACUUAGAUCCUGUAGCCAGAACUGAACUUACUUUUUAUCCGUUUGAGGAAUGAUACAGAAUAAUAACAUAUUUUUGAUAUAGAAAAUAUGCACGAUGUCAGUAAUACAAAAUCUGAAUUUCAAUUACUCUAAACUAGAUCAAUUGGAUUAUUUUUUCAAUUUGCUUUUUUUUUUUUUUGGAGCCACUAAGAAAAUUCGUAAAAAUUAUUAUAGAGAUAGAACUUCUUCUUCAACAAAGUGACAACUCUUGUAAUAAGUGUUCGGUUUAUCUUCUCCCUUUUUUUUUUGAUAGAAAUGAAACCUAUUGUAUAAUGAUUUUUGCUUCAUUAUUUGCUUCUUUUAUAUAACGUUGAGAAUAAUAUACACAAAUUGUUACUUUCAUCGA